CUCCGCCCUGAGCUUGCCUUGCCUUACAAGGGCCUUCUGCAGAGAGGCUGCUUCUGAUUAACCCUGCAGCUCCUCCAUCAUCAUCACCAUCACCAUCCUGGCUAAUUCCAACUCUUGUGCAAGGUGCUGGACGUGUGAUCGCAGGUACAUCUUGCUCCGCCUGGAGAGUUCCAAAGCGGUCAAAGGCGAUGGCUUCAGAAGAUGACAGGACUGCAAAAACCCUCCAGGAAGUAUGGAGGAGAGAAGAAAACGCCUUGUGUGCAGAUUGCGGGAAACCUGAUCCUGACUGGGCCUCCCAUACCCUGGGUGUCUUUCUCUGCUUAGAGUGCUCAAGGAUUCAUCUCAACAUCUUUGGCAUCAGCCAAGUUAAGUCGAUAAGGAUGGACCGCUGGGAGGAAGGCCAGGUUCAGGUUUUGGCGCAGCAGGGGAACGCGGUCGCCAAAGUAACGUACGAGGCCCAUGUCCCUACAUACUAUUACCGCCCCAUCCACACAGACUGCCUAGUCCUGAGAGAGCAGUGGAUCCGAGCCAAAUAUGAAAGGAAGGAAUUCACAGAGCCAGGAAAGCGGCCACCCUAUUCCAAUGGACUGAAGGAAGGGAUCUUGUGGAAACGCGGCCGAGACAAUGGGCAGUAUCUGCCACGCAGGUUUCUGCUGUCCGAGACAGAGGGGUGCCUCAAGUACUUCGUUAAGCAGGAUGCGAAAGAACCCAAAAUAGCUGUUAAAAUUGAUACUAUCAAUGCCGUGUUCCAGCCAGGGAAGACAGGACAUCCCCAUGGCCUGCAAAUCACCUAUCUUAAAGAUAACAAGACCCGCAACAUCUUCCUUUACCACGAGGACGGGAAGGAAAUAGUGGACUGGUUCAAUGCAAUCCGUGCAGUGCAAUUCCACUAUCUGAAGGUGGCCUUUCCUGUAGCCAGUGAUCAAGAGCUGACAAGCCGGUUAACACGGAAUUUCCUGAAAGAAGGCUACAUGGAGAAGACUGGGCCCAGGCAGAAGGAGCCUUUCAAGAAACGCUGGUUCAGCCUGGACCAUCGAAGACUGAUGUACUUCAAGGAUCCUUUGGACGCUUUUGCUAAAGGUGAAGUGUUUGUGGGCAGUGGGGAACACGGCUACAGCAUCAUGCAGGGACUGCCGACUGGCUCGCAGGGUACUUUCACCUGGCAAUAUGGCCUCACCAUCGUCACCCCUGACCGUGACUACCUCUUCACCUGUGAGACGGAGAAGGAUCAGGAGGAGUGGACGGCAGCCUUCAGGCGGGUGAUAGAGCAGCCCAUGACGCCCCAGGAGUAUGCCAUUGAAGCUUAUUUCAAACUCAAGCCGUGAUGUCCCUGAAGGAGAGAACCUAGCUGCUACCCUACAUGGUCUACUUCUUCGGGAAACAUGAGAAAAGAAGGCAGCCUUUGCCAGAUACGUUGCUAUACUAUAUUCGACUGCCUCAUGAUUGGGAAGAGGCUUCCUUAAACUGAUGAAACCAAAUCUCGUCCAUGUAGCCUGUGCUUUGCACCUUGGAGAGCUCCUUUAGAGUCCUGACUGGUUCUGACUGAAACCUGGAGCAGAUCCACCACCCAGAUGACAUCAGAGCCACCAGCCUCCACUGAGGGCCCUGGAGCUGAUCUUGAUCAUGUGAUGCACGUCUUUCUGCUGCCCCACCACAGGCCUGGCAGGCUUGCUUCCUAUUGGCAACUGUGUGCAGGUUGCCCUCCUCUAUGGCACGCUACUGCUUGCUGCUGAUUGGCUGCUGACUAUCAAAGGCUUCGGCAGACAGAUGCACAAAUCCGCUCAGUGUCAUGGCUGUGACUGCAUGGUACUUAACAGGUGCUUGUUUUGUCUUGCAUCUGUUUCUGACCCGGCCCCUUGCCCCUCACCCUGUGAUUAUUCUGUUCCCACGGCUACCAGCUUUCUCCAUCUUGCUAUCUAUUGAAGGCCCUGCUAUAACCUGCCAACUGGCUUUGGCUUAACCCAGGAGCGAAUAACAGGUGGCCUGCAAGCCACUGGCAGCCUCCCUUGGCCAAUUUUGCACCUCCUCUCCUUGCCGAAUUUGCCACAAGUAGCAAAAAUCAGACCUGACUUCGUAAGGAAACAAGAUCUGUGGGGAGCACGCGUCUUGUUUAUAGGCAAAAUUGUGCUUCCUGUAGCUUCCUGGGAGCGCGAUUCUGCUUGUAAGCAAGGCACACGCUCCCCAUGUGCCAUGCUUUCUUGCAACAUCAUGGGGGCUUUACUGCCGCCGCCACACCUCAUUCAGCAGCGAC